UUAUAAUCGGGUAUAAAAUGUCGCGUAGCACGUGCAACAAACCUUUAUUCGCCCAAAACUCAACGUGAGUGGUGAAAAGAAUAAGUGUUAGACGUUUUGACAGUGGAGUAUAUAUUAGUCGGUAUUAAAGGUGUGAAAAUGUUACGCAAGUUCAGGCAUGGCAACCAUACGUCGUCAAGAGUCAAAUCGGCGUCUAAUCACCGUUUUGCUGCUUUGUUGCUCUUAUAUUGCAUUUAUUCCAUUUUCUUAAGAAUGAGUGCUGUCCAAGCUGAGGAAGCCGUUAUAUCGGGUGAUAACGACAUCUCCCACAUUGGCGACGAUUGCCAAGUGACCCCGGUUAUACACGUACUCCAAUAUCCCGGUUGUGUACCCAAGCCAAUACCUUCGUUUGCCUGUGUGGGGCGUUGCGCUAGCUAUAUACAAGUGUCCGGUAGUAAAAUUUGGCAAAUGGAACGUUCAUGCAUGUGUUGUCAAGAGUCGGGCGAACGUGAAGCUGCCGUUUCGCUCUUUUGCCCCAAAGCCAAGCACGGCGAACGCAAAUUCAAGAAAGUACUAACGAAAGCACCACUGGAAUGCAUGUGUCGUCCAUGCACCUCCAUCGAGGAGUCCGGCAUUGUGCCACAGGAGAUAGCCGGCUAUUCCGAUGAGGGUCCAUUAAAUAAUCACUUCCGUCGUAUUGCAUUGCAGUAGGUCAACUUCAUGAUUACUAUAUAAUUUAACUUUUACUACUUCAUAUACAUUUUCUGUUUAGCCAAAAUUGGGAAUGAAAGUGUAAAGUGUAAUUAAUGUAAACGCAUUAAAAAAAAGAAAAAGAAAUAAAGCAAAAAAUAAUAUAUUUAUAUAGCGGAAAGC